GUAUAUAAGCAGUGCCUUUUGGUUACUCAGUUAUUAGUAGCCCGCCAACUGGAGAAUAGCGAAUACGUUGUGAUACCUGGAUAUACACACAUCUAACUCAUAUUUCGAACCGAAUCCACUAUGAAGUGCUUCAUCUUGGCCCUGUUGCUGGCCACCCUAGCCAGCGGCGAGAACAUCUUCAAGAUCAACAUAACUCCCGAGGAGGCGCAGCAGUUCCUGAACAGCGCCCAACUGCGUGGCAUUGGCGACAUCGAGUAUGCCCCGAAAACCGGUGAGAAUCCCCUGCCCGAGGCGCGCAACGAGAAUGGAGAGUUCGUCUACAUGGGCCGCGUGAUCGAGCAUCCCGAGGAGUAUGUGGAGGAGCACUACGAUGCCCAUCAGUACCAUGGUCAGGAUGGCUUGGGUCAGUUUGCCUAUGGCUACAGGGACUGGAACCAGGGCAAGAACGAGAAGCGCGAUGAGACGGGCAAGGUGACCGGAUCGUACAAGUAUGUCCAACCACAUGGCCGUGACUUUGUGGCCAACUACUAUGCGGAUAAGACCGGUUUCCAUGUGGAGGACAAUCGUCCGGCACACCUUAAACUGCCGGCCACCAAGACUCCCGCUGUCCUCAAGGCCGAGGAGGAGCACUUCAAGCUGUGGGGUGAGCUGGCCGCCGCCGCUGGCCACAAUCCCGAUCCCUAUGCCCCCGAGUACCAGCAGGAGGGUCGCUACCAGCCCACUGAGCCCGAGUACCAGCCCUACGUGCACGAGGAGCCGCCAUAUGUGCCCGGACCCGAGGAGACCGGCGAGCCCAAGGGCUUCUUCUAUGCCUUCGACUACAAUGUGCCCUUGUUGCGCAACAAGGAGGAGCGUGCCGAGCUGGAACGCCUGCGCGCCAUCAACAACAAGGAUGAGUAAGAUUCAGAUCAUGAUCUAGAUCCUUGUGGAUUUGGUGGCUCCAUCGCAUCGCAUCCAUGGAUCGCCGUGUAUAGGUCGUUCUGUAGAAAGUAGCUAAGACAUUUUCACAUAUUUAUUGAAAUCCUUCGCAAAAUAAAUCGCAACUUCAAAUACA